GCGCGGUAACCAGUCAAUUUGAAAACAAGCAACGAGUGUGAAGCAAAAGCGACACAGCGAACAAAUUCAAAGUUUUACCAAACGAAAGUUAUUGUGUUAUAAAAUUGUACAGUGGUGUUAUUGUGUGAAAAUAUAAGAAUAAAAGAAGACAUCAAAAUGGUUAAAGCUCCAGCAAUUGGUAUCGACUUGGGAACCACAUAUUCCUGUGUGGGAGUGUGGCAGCAUGGAAAAGUGGAAAUCAUCGCCAACGAACAAGGUAACAGAACAACUCCAAGCUACGUGGCGUUCACCGACACCGAACGUCUCAUCGGCGAUGCUGCCAAAAAUCAAGUCGCGAUGAACCCAUCGAACACCAUUUUCGACGCUAAAAGGUUGAUAGGGCGAAAAUACGACGAUCCAAAAAUUCAGGCCGACAUCAAACACUGGCCCUUCAAAGUCAUCAACGAAACUGGAAAACCCAAACUGCAAGUUGAAUUCAAAGGUGAAACAAAACGAUUCGCCCCAGAAGAAGUUAGUUCGAUGGUGCUGACGAAAAUGAAGGAAAUAGCAGAAGCAUACCUAGGAACAAACAUCAAAGACGCAGUUAUUACAGUACCAGCAUAUUUCAACGAUUCCCAGAGGCAAGCUACGAAAGAUGCGGGAGUUAUCGCUGGAUUAAACGUUCUGAGGAUAAUCAACGAACCCACAGCGGCUGCCUUGGCUUAUGGAUUGGACAAAAAUCUUAAAGGAGAAAGAAACGUCCUAAUCUUCGAUCUGGGUGGCGGUACUUUCGAUGUUUCCAUCCUCACAAUCGACGAAGGAUCGUUGUUUGAAGUUAAAUCGACAGCCGGAGACACCCAUCUUGGAGGUGAAGACUUCGAUAACAGAUUGGUGAACCACUUCGCUGAAGAGUUCAAACGUAAAUUCAAGAAAGAUCUACGUUCCAACCCGAGGGCCGUCAGAAGAUUAAGGACAGCAGCAGAAAGGGCGAAAAGAACUCUCAGUUCCAGCACCGAAGCCUCCAUUGAAAUUGACGCUCUCUACGAAGGCCUCGACUUUUACACCAAAAUUACGAGGGCGCGUUUCGAAGAACUAAACGCCGAUUUGUUCAGAGGUACCCUUCAACCUGUAGAGAAAGCCCUGGCUGACGCUAAAAUGGACAAGGGCUCUAUUCACGACAUCGUUUUAGUUGGUGGUUCGACAAGAAUACCCAAGAUCCAACAAUUGCUUCAGAACUUCUUCAAUGGAAAACAGCUGAACCUGUCCAUCAACCCAGAUGAAGCUGUAGCCUAUGGUGCAGCGGUCCAAGCGGCUGUACUGAGCGGCGAAAAAGAUUCGAAGAUCCAAGACGUGUUGUUAGUAGAUGUUACCCCUCUCUCCUUGGGUAUUGAAACAGCUGGUGGUGUCAUGACCAAGAUCAUAGAGAGAAAUGCAACCAUUCCAUGCAAACAAAGCCAGACCUUCACCACAUACGCAGACAAUCAGCCCGCUGUAACAAUCCAAGUAUUCGAAGGUGAACGUGCCAUGACCAAGGACAACAACCUCCUGGGCACAUUUGAUCUCACUGGCAUUCCUCCAGCUCCCAGAGGUGUGCCAAAGAUUGACGUAACGUUCGACCUGGAUGCCAAUGGAAUCCUCAACGUAUCCGCUAAAGACACGAGUUCUGGCAACACCCGCAACAUCACAAUCAAGAACGACAAAGGCCGGUUGUCACAGGCCGACAUCGACCGCAUGUUGUCCGAAGCCGAGAGGUACAAGGAGGAAGACGAAAAACAGAAACAAAAAGUAGCCUCACGCAACCAACUGGAGGCUUACAUCUUCCAACUGAAACAAGCAGUGCAGGAGUGCGGAGACAAACUAAGCUCAGAAGACAAGGCGACGGUUGAACGGGAGUGCGACGCUGCUCUUAAAUGGCUAGACUCUAACACGCUGGCCGAAAAGGAAGAGUUCGAAGACAAACAGAAACAGCUAACAUCAGUAUGCAGCCCUAUCAUGGCCAAAUUAUAUGGAGGCGGAUCUCAGAAUAAUAACAUGGGUGGAGGAAUGCCUGGCGGAUGUGGUAGACAAGCUGGUGGAUUUGGUGGAUCUCAGAGCAAUGGUCCAACGAUAGAAGAAGUUGAUUAAAUAAUAUAAUUCAGUAUUUUAGAUAUAGGUUUUUGUUAGUUUUGUGAUAUAUUUCUUAUAGAAAUUAUGUGAGACUGAUAUUUUUUUAAUAAAAUAGAUAAUCAUUUUGUUACUAAGUCGUAGAAAAUAAAGAAUAUUUUUGUUUUAUA